UGAGGAGGGCGCGAGGACGUGUCGACGGAUCGGCCGACGAAUGACGGGGGCGUCCUCUGCGAGUUUCAAUGAAUUGACCUAUGGGAUAAUACUAUUUAUGAUCCUGUCGCUUGAUAUUUAAUUACGUGCAGCAUCAUGGCAGCAAUGGAUGCGGGCUUUUUGCCCGCGAUCAAAUGUUCCAAUUGUGGGAUGAAUGUCGACAUUGCGGCCAUGGGCGACCAUGUCUGUGCUCCAGUGACAUCUCCAGCACAGCCCAUCUUUCCAUCAUCGCCAUCUCCUCCUCCACCGCCACCGCCCCCAAAAUCCGAGUACGAUAUAGGAGCUAAGAGCCCUCCCCCGACUCGAAAAUCGGGUCCUCCACCACGCAUCGACCCUUCAAUAGCCAACCGGCCUUUUUUUCGUGUAGAUGAAACUACACCUGGGGGUACCAAUGCCCCCCUUUUACCCACCCCUCUCACGACAUCGGGGAAACCGCUCCAACAUGGCCAUUCUUUCAUUCCCAAUGAACCCAACUCUCCCGAUUCCAUCAAAUUGGAGUCCUUUCCAAUGCCCCGCGCGAUGGCGGGCCGGUCUCCUGGUCUCGCCGAUAUGAAAAUGGCCAGUUCAGCACCGCCAUUCGCGCAUUCAUACUCUCGGGAUAGUGAUGCAUCAUCGGGGCCUCCACCUCCCCCGCUCCCCAAGGAUGAUGUCCCCCAUAGACGAGGAGAGUCGCUUGACAGCAGAAGCAGUUACCGAACAUCUCUCGCAAGCACCCGAUUCGGUGGAACGAAUUCGAAGCGGUCUACUGGGAUGUCAAUGCGACGUCCAUCAUUCGGCAGUGUUUCUCGCAUUCACAAUGCGUUAAUAGAUGACGCACCCCCUGUGCCACCAGCACCUUCCCGCCAUAUGGCGCAAAGUUCGACUACAUCUUCAGACUGGGCACUACGCGAAGAUCAAGGAGAGAACUACAACGGGUUUGAUUUUGGAAUCCCCGAAGAAAGAAAGAAUUCCGCGGGCACCCUGGAGGCUGACAAGUCGGAUUAUCCUAACUCGUUGCGACCUUCGUCGCGAAGCCACUCUGAUCGACAGAGUGGUGAUCGAUUUCCCAGAAACGCAUCUCCAGUUUCGACGCCGCAUUCCGGUUACACGAAAGAGCGCUCUGCAUCUACAGGAUCGUCGAUCCGUGGCUCGCACAAACAAUUCCAGCGUUCAGACUCGAAUCUCUUACAGCCUGCCGACGCGGAGGGUUCGCGUUAUGGCGAUAGCCGAUUGAGAAAGAAUUCGGACGCGACGAGCGAUAGUGGUCUAUCGGUGUCAAAUUUUGCAAGAGCACUAGGACUUGAUGAUGCUGAAGAGAAUCAUGACACUUCCGCAACUUCUUCUGAUGGUUCACCGUCAGAAUGGCGGAGUGGAACCUCUCUGUCCAGCUUACCAUCAGAUGCAAGCCUGUCAAGACGAAAACCCUCGGAUCAGAUCCGCCUGGGGCCUGUCGCGGAGGAACGGCAGUCCAAUGCCAACGGUCAAGCUUUGAAUGAGCAUGUGGACAGCCCAACAGAUCUCGAACCUCCAAGGAUUCCAGACCCUCUCUUUAGUCCCGAUUCUCCUACCGACCCAGCGAUUCAUCAAGGCGGACUGUCCCUCAUCUCGGAGAAAGAAUCGCCAGAACCUGCCCAGAAAUCCCCUCCCCUACCUAUCAUCACACGCUCUGCGACAGCACCGCCCGAUCGUCCCUCACCGCGCCCCAAGGGGCGGUGUAAGGGCUGCGGCGAUAUGAUACUGGGUAAAUCCGUAUCAUCCGCCGAUGGUCGGCUUAGUGGCCGCUACCACAAGGCAUGCUUUGUCUGUUAUCACUGCCGGGUUCCUUUUGAGACGGCCGAUUUCUACGUUUUGAAUAACCGACCCUAUUGUAGCCACCACUACCACCAGUUCAACGGAUCACUCUGUUCUACAUGUAACAUGGGAAUUGAGGGGAAAUAUCUCGAAACGAUUGAAAGAACUGGGCGGGGCCCGGCAGAUCGACACAAGUUCCAUCCCGAAUGUCUACAGUGCCGUACCUGCCGCGUGCUCCUCAACGGUGAAUACUUUGAAUGGAAUGGUCUGGUGUAUUGCGAGCGUGAUGCCAGAAGAGCAGCGGCAUCAGUAUCCCCUCACCGUUUCCGCCGACCAACACUGGGGUCUUCGCCGCUGGCGAACUCUCGUCCUUACCCCCCUGGUCCUGGUUAUCCUCCUCCAUCUGGGUACCCGAUGAGACCACCGAUGAGGCCAAUGGGACCUGGAAUGGGACCUGGAAUGGGGCCUCCAAUGGGACCUCCAAUGGGACCUCCUAUGGGACCGCCAAUGGGUGCUCCAAUGGGCGGUCGUAUGAACGCUCCUAUGGACGCUCCUAUGGCCGCUAUGGGCGUUCCUGCUGUGGGCGCUCCUAUUGGUGCUGCUUCGUCGGGUGGUGGUCCCAUGGGAGUGCCCAUGGCAGUUCCCAGACCUCGCCCCGGCCCUGGCCCUGGUGGUCCACCAGGACCAGAUGGAUACUUGCCGCCUCCAGGCCGUCGAUUCCCCGAGCGACGAACAACGCGGAUGAUGAUGAUAUGAACUUUUUCCUCUUUUGGGCGGUAGCCAUUUUGCUUUCCAUACAUUGCGAUGUACAGAUAUUUCCUUUUUCUCGACUUCUCUAUGAUUGGAUUGACUUGAUUCAUUGCAUGAUGAGAAGACCGUUAUAUACCCAUUGCAUUCUUGUUUAUAU